AUGGGACGGGAUAUCCCGGGAUUUUUUUAUGACGCCGAGAAGAAUAAGUAUUUCAAAAUCCAAGCCAAUCAUGUUGCACCUCCUGGCGCUCAGUACUCGAAGGAGUCUGUUAAGAAAAGGCGCAUAGAACAAGAGCAUCACCAAAAGAGAGUCAAUCUCAAUGAACGAAUGUCUCGAGAAAGGAUUCAAAAGGCCAGCUUCCUCAACCAUUCCUUAAUCGACGUUGGACAAGAACUCGGCCUACACGCCUUGUCCCCAGGUGCGAGAGAGGAGCAAAGAGUCCGCACAUAUGCAAACCAGUUACAUCGCAAAAGGCUCCAUAAGUUUGAUCCUUGGCCAGAUGGUUUUCUCAUCCGGCAUAUAUUGCGGACCCCGGAGUCAGGGAUCUUAAUCGCCGGCGGGCACUAUGGCGGCGAGUCGUCUCUUUCGACAACAAUGGACAGCGGCCCAAAUGGAGACUCAUUUAUUACACCCCAGAAGAUGCCCGACAGUGAUGAUUGCGAGGACCAUGGUUGGCCUCCUUAUUUUCCACAUAAUAUCCGAAUCCGUACCACUCCUUCACUCUGGGGCUCUGCGGCGUGUCCGUCUGGGCCGAAAGCGCUCUUUGCCAUCGGCACUUCAGAUGGCCUUCAUACCCUUGAGGGCUUAGAGAGUCGCUGGACACUGUCUCAGAAGCCGUUUCCUGACGACUUCCACCCGCCAGGUGACUCUUCCCAUGCAAACGUCACCGCCGUUGAGUGGUUGUCCUCAAACAUCAUUGCAUCGGGGUUGAAAGACUCUACCAUUUUCCUGCAUGACCUGCGUAGCGGUGGCAGUGCUUCGCGAAUACAACAUACUCACUCUGUAUUCAAGAUCCGGAAGAUCGAUCCGUACCGGCUCGUUGUUGCAGGAAUUCAAUCGCUUCAAAUGUACGACGUCCGCUAUGCUCCGAACGGCCUCCAGCACAAACCCAACCCAAUCUCCUGCUCCCAUGCUUCUACCCGACCAUAUCUCACCUUUCCGGGGUACACACCCCAUGUAAUCCCCGAAUUUGAUUGGCUGCGAGUCGACUCGAUAUCGUCCGCAGACGCCUAG